AUGGCGAUCAUCCCCAGAAUGACUUCUGAGCAAAACGAAACCAACACUAGCGAAGCCCUAACCCCGUCGGGUAAAGGCAAUGGUACCGCCAAAGAACGGGGACAAUCGGUUCUCGAACAGCAUGGCUUUACCGUCGGAGAGACCAUAGGACACGGGUCUUAUGCUGCCGUCAAACUCGCUUACUCCAGCAGGCACAAGUGUAAAGUUGGUAUUAAGAUCGUAUCCAAGAGAAAAGCUCCAGAGGACUACCUCAAGAAGUUUCUACCACGAGAGAUUCAAGUUGUUAAAGUUCUGAAGCACCCUAACCUCAUCUGCUUCUUGCAGUCAAUCGAGACAACCAGCCGGGUGUAUUUCAUCAUGGAACUGGCAGAGAGUGGAGACCUCUUGGACUACAUCAAAUCACAUGGAGCUGUGACUGAGUCUCAAACGGGUAUCUGGUUUCAUCAACUUGUAGAUGGGAUGGAGUAUUGUCACGAUCAAGGCAUCGUCCAUCGAGACCUCAAGUGUGAAAAUAUUCUACUCAACAAAAAUAACAUUCUUAAAAUCACUGAUUUUGGAUUCGCACGAGGCCACAUGAAGCCACCAGACAAGAGAGUGAUCCUGAGUGAGACGUACUGCGGCAGCUACGCCUAUGCCCCGCCCGAAAUCUUACGAGGAAUUCCUUACGACCCUAUGCUCGGGGAUAUCUGGAGUAUGGGUGUGGUCCUCUUCACCAUGGUCUUUGGAAGACUACCCUUUGAUGACACCAACCAUAAAGUUCUCCUGCAGCAAGUUCAGAAAUCACCAUCUUUCCCGUCCAACCGAAACGCAGCAGAUGACUGCAAGGAUCUCAUCUGUAGGAUUCUGUCAGUAGCCAAGAGGCGGAUCCAUAUCAGUGAGAUCAGAGAGGAUAGAUGGUUUCGGAGACUCGGGAGCAAUAUUAUCAAGACCAAGAAGGCAUCAUUGGCUAAGAUGCCAGCUUCCAGUGAGGCCAAGCUUGGAGGUACGGGAGAAACGGCGGACAGGACGGCAAGCAAGAAGGUUGCUGACAAGAGCGAUUGA